CCGCGGAUAUUUCCAACCCGUUCUUGUGAUCCGACCGCAGUGCUGAGGCAGCUACUUGGAUUUGGGUAAAUGCAGUUUCUCUGUCGUCACCAUGUGGCGAGGCUUUGGCCUGCGUUGAGCAAUCAGACCCCUUUGAUGGGCUGUUGGCAGGAAAAUUAAACGCACUAACUGGAACCAGUAACAUGGGCCCAGCACUGAGCAGUGGCCAGGAUCCCUGGAGUUCCACUGUGUGCUGACGGGACGAGGACAAACCUGACGCCACGGGGUCUGUGUGUGUGCGUUGCCGUCUGAACAAGUCAUGGCCGACCAAACUCCUCUGCAGCAAGGGGAGCCGCUGCUGACGAAGCCCCUUGAGCUGAGCCUCCCCAACGGGAAAGAAGCCCCCAAAGUCGUCCUGCACGCCCGAGGCCAGUGGGCGAGCAAGGCCGAGUUCCUCCUGGCCGUGGCGGGGCAGAUCAUCGGCCUCGGCAACGUCUGGAGGUUCCCGUACCUCUGCUACAAGAACGGUGGAGGUGUGUUCUUCAUCCCUUACCUGUUGUUCCUGGUGCUGUGCGGCAUCCCCCUCUUCCUCCUGGAGACCUCGCUGGGACAGUACACCAGCCUGGGAGGGGUCAGCGCCUGGAGGAGCAUCUGCCCUUUAUUUGGAGGGCUUGGUUACGCCAGCCAGGUGAUUAUCCUGCACGGCUGCGUGUACUACGUGGUCAUCCUGGCGUGGGCCGUCUUCUACCUGGUGCACAGCUUCCAGGCCGAGCUGCCGUGGGCGCACUGUAACAACACUUGGAACACCGAGUCGUGCGUCUUGUUCAACCACCUCAACCAGACCAAUGCGAGCAGCCUGCCCGAGAACGCUUCCUCCCCAGUCACGGAGUUUUGGGAGCGGGAGGUGCUCCGCCUGUCCAGUAAUUUGGACGAGCUGGGUCCGGUCAGCUGGAAGUUGGCUCUGUGUUUGGCCGUCGUCUGGCUCGUCUGUUACUUCUGUGUCUGGAAGGGAGUCAAGUCCACUGGAAAGGUAGUGUACCUGACGGCCACCUUCCCAUAUGUCAUGCUGUUUGUGCUGCUGGUGCGCGGUGCCACCCUGCCCGGAGCGACACAGGGCAUCAUUUACUACCUCAAGCCCAACGUUACCCGCCUGGCAGACCCACAGGUAUGGAUGGAUGCUGGUACACAGGUCUUUUUCUCCUACGGAAUCUGCUUGGGAAGUCUCACAGCCCUGGGAAGCUACAACAAAUACAACAACGACUGCUACAAAGACUCCUUCAUGCUGUGCCUCCUGAACAGCGCCACCAGCUUCCUGGCGGGUUUCGCCAUCUUCUCGGUGCUGGGCUUCAUGGCGCAGGAGCAGGGCGUGGAGAUCGCCACCGUGGCCCAGUCAGGGCCCGGCCUCGCCUUCAUCGUCUACCCCAGAGCUGUCGCCAUGAUGCCGCUACCUCAACUCUGGGCUGUCUGCUUCUUCCUCAUGAUCAUCAUGCUGGGGCUGGACACACAGUUUGUGAGCCUGGAGGCCCUGAUGACGUCGGUGAGUGACCUGUACCCGCAUCUGAUCAGACGAGGUCACCGCCGAGAGCUGCUGCUGCUGCUGGUCUGCGUCGUCUGCUUCCUGGUGGGGCUGGUCAUGGUCACGCCGGGAGGUCUGUACGUGUUCCAGGUCUACGACCACUUCUCGUGCAGCGGAGCCAGUCUGCUGCUGCUCUCCAUCUGCCAGUCUGUGGCCAUCGGCUGGGUCUACGGAGCCGAGCGCUUCAGUGGCAACAUCAGGGAUAUGACCGGCUACAGCCCCCUGCCCGUCUUCAAGCUGUGCUGGAAAUACCUGACCCCGGCUGUAUGCACUGCCACCUUUGUGUUCUCCCUGGUGUGUUGGGCUCCGCUGAGCCUUGGGAAGGGCCUGGUCGCUCCGCUCUGGGCCACCACGCUGGGCUGGAUCCUCACCUUCUCAUCCGUCUCCCUGCUUCCCUUCUGGGCCAUUUACGCCCUGGCGACCACCCCAGGGUCCCUCACACAGCGCUUCCAGCAUCUGUGCAGCCCGGCCAAACUCUCAUCCUCCCACCACCUCCCCACCAACACCUCCCCACUGCCCUACAGCCCCAGACUGCUGCUCAGCGAGAAGCCAAAGCAGCCGAUUGCAGACGUCGAUCGUUUGUCCUGACAGUCGAGUCAACGACGAUGUAGCGUGGGAUGCUGCUUAGCCAAUCAGGUCUCAUCUGAAGUGACUCUGUGAGUCAGACUGGUUUCAUACACUGGGUUUUAUCUGGAUUUUUUUUCUGGAUGGUGUCAUAUCGUGGAUUUGGAAUGGUUCAUACUACGCCUUACACAAGAUCUCAAUUUUAACAAAGGUACAUUUUUACUGCCAAUAUAUCAAAGGAUCUAUCUUCAGUUUUUCUCGAACACUUCUCGCUGAGAUCGUCGUGAGCCGAACGGACAUAGUUCUCAUCAUGGACACUGUUUCAUCAAUAACACUUACUGUAUCUGUUUUCAUUCUCUUGUCGUUUGGGCAGUUUGUGCAAAAGUAAAAGCGUCUGUGCGUCUUUGCACUGCGCCAAAAAUAAACAAGCUGCUGACAUUAACAGUAAAUAUAUGAAUACAAUACUAUAAACUGCUGCUGAUCUGGACAAAAACAGAUUUUUAUUAUUCUAUCCUACAAACUUACUCUUAGAAUAGAUUUUUUUGUUAACAAGAAAAAGUCUUAUUAAAGCUGCAAAUGAACUCCUAGCACUCCGGUGAUGAUUCUUACUGGAGCGUGACCAAGAAUGUCCUCUAUGCUGCGCUGCAAUGUUAAUGUUGAAGAUAAAAAAGUUACUUGUGCAAACUGCUGUUUUUUUCAGCCGUGGAUCAAAUGUUUUUUCAAGUUUUCCUCUGAGAUUAAUUUACAGAAAAGCAAAGUGAUGAAUCCCAUCUGGUGUCUUUUUUUUUAUAUGCUUCCAUUUUUAUAGUUGCUUACACACGUGCCUCUUUAUUGUAGGAACGAGCUUCUUUUGUACAUGUAUCAUUAUUUAAUUUUUUCUCAAUGAAUAUAUAUUUACAUUGUGGAUAAAAGAGGUUGUGUUGACUCA